AUGUCAUCUCAAACAGCAUCCGCCGUGCCCUCAGCGAUAUUGAACCUCACGCAGAUGCAGCCGAGAAGCGAUAUCUACAACUUCUAUGUUACCAAGAUCUGCCAGGGAAAGUUCCUGGACGAAGACAGUCCGAUCAGCGACUUCUUGACCACGAGAUGCGUCUCGUACUCCGACAAGACGGACGGCCUGGGACAGAUCGUCAACAUCGCCAGCUCCAUCCCUUCAUCCAUCCCCGUCGGAACCACGGCAAACAUUUCCAUCCCGCCUGUCGCAGCCGUGAAGCAGGCCAUAGCCACCACCAUCCCCGUUGUCGCAUCAACCGCCAAGGUCAUCUUCGCCCUCGUCGUCAUCCGCAUCAUAGCCGGCACGCUGGCGCUUGCCGGCUCGGCCCUCCUAUUCAUCGACAUCCGGCAGUUCGUCGUCUUCACUAUGCUCAUCUUCGCCACACUAGCCAACGUCUCCAUGCUCCUCGCGGCCGGCAUCACAACGGGCGUGGUCGUCGUCCAGGCGGACACCAUCAGCGGCUUGGCCGACGCCCUCGGCGUGGAGGUGAAAUACGGGGUCCACUUCCUCGUGGUGGAGUGGGUGACGGCCGCGUUCGCGAUCGUCGGCAGCGCGUAUUGGCUGGUAGUGUGGUUCGUGGAGUUCAGGACCAUUACCUUCGCGAGGAGGAGGCGGAGUGCCAGACAGGUCGGCGACUGGAAGGGAGCGUGGUCCGAGCUGAAGCAAGAUCUUCGGGGAGACUAUUACAAGUUGUGA